AUGAAUUCCAGCUUCACCCUUCCCAUACGCUCCAGAGCUCCCACGCUCCCUGCCGCAGCCACCAAGGGCUCAUACGACAGCAAAACCGUCUCAAGCCCCCUCAAGAGUGACCUCAAAGUCAAGAAGCGAGCCCUUAAUGCUCAAAAGAAGCCCAAGAACCUUGAGAAUACUAUCAGCAAUGGCACCUUUCUCUGGGGUGGCAGGCCCAUGCCCGAUAUCCACUAUGAUCAUUUUCGUGAAGGGGCACAGCUGAACGGCUCUUCUGAGGAACCAGACACUAAACGAUCAGCAUCUCAAGUCGUCGCAGAUCAGGUCUCUAUCUUGGAAAUGGUACGAGAGGAUCUCAGGCAUCUCAGAUCUCAAACGGCUUCUCCAGAGCCUGUGCUAGGGCCUGCAGCUGAGCCUGAGCUUACACACAAACACAGGCCUGGACAAGAGGGUGCAAGAAGCACAUCUUCUUCUUAUCCUGAAGAUGGCAUCCGGUCCCCUAACGUGCCUUCCCCGUCAAAUUCGCAUACCCCCUUGUCGACUCUUGGUGAUCUGGAGAAGUAUAGCCGCACAAAUGAUCGUUUAUCCGGCCUCCGGUCAUCGUCCAGCUCCUCCGGUGCUACAAGGGUUAUCAGUCAAGGAAGCACCUAUAAGGCAUUGGCGAAUGCUGCAGGAGCUAUCGGGAAACUCCAACGCUUGCCGACACCCUCUUAUCAUCGUUUCGAAGUUCUGUCGAGUUCGGAAGAUUUGAUGGCGAACGUUAGAGUUCCGCACAAUAGCGAAGCUAGCCAUGACAGCGAGUUUUCAACAGGAAGCUCUGACGAAGGCUCAGAGAUGCAACCGCUAAGAAGAGUAAUAGCUCAUGGCAGACUACAAACCGAAAGUCCCAGCCCUUCGGUAAAGUUACCUCAGAUCGUCAGAUCGAAGAAAAGAAAAGCUUCAGGCAUCUCAUUUCGAAGUAUUUCUGAGGGUGUGAAACGAUCCCGUAUUGAAAUCAAGAAGCUAGCAGUCAACGUUUGCAGCAAUAGCUGGGACAAGCUCCGCCAGGCUCGUGAGAACAUCAAACGACAACGUAAAGAUCAAAAGAAACACCACUCAGUUUGGAAAGCAUUGCGACGCAAACUCAAUCCUGACGAUGCAACCAAAGAAAAGCAUGAAGAUAGGUCCUCGCACUUCUCCAUGGGGAAUGGCAUUCGCCGACACGUACCUGAGCAUAAGGCUUGGUGGAAGGCUGGCGUUGAGAAGUAUCAAGCUCCCGAAUGGAUGCACUUUGGGAAUCAGACCAGGGAUUGA